CUUCCUCCUCCUGCAGACGGAGCUCCUCCUGCAGCAGGGAUGUCGGUGUCGCCGGGCCUCGCCGACCUGUCUCGUCUCUACCAGACGGAGUUUGUCCGAAGCGCCCGAGCGGUCGGUGUCCUCUGGGCCGUCUGCACUCUCUGCUUCGCCAUCAUCCAGGUGGUCAUCUUGGUCCAGCCGUCCUGGGUCGGAACCACAGACACCAGGACUCACCAGGCGGGACCGCCGCUGCCCAGCGGCACCAUGGGACUCUUUGAGGUAUGCAUGGAGUCUGACUGGCCGGUUCCUGACUGUCGUGGAGGACUGUCCAGCCUGUCUCCGUUGCCGUCCUUCCAGUCAGUGGCGGUGCUAGUGGGGGUGUCUCUGUGGGCGGUGUGGACCAGCGUCCUGUGUCUCUGUCUCUUCAGGUUCUGCAGUGCUGCCACCGUCUACAAGAUCUGCGCCUGGCUGCAGCUGACAGCAGGUUUUUGUCUCGCCUUGGCUUGUCUCCUGUUUCCAGACUCAUGGGAGAGUCCAGAGAUGAGAGUUCUGUGUGGAGAGUCGGUGGGCAGCUUCUCUCCAGGUAACUGCUCCGUCCACUGGGCCUACAUCCUGGCCAUGAUGGGAAUUCUGGACUACGCCAUCCUGGCCACGCUGGCCUUCGUUCUGGCCAACAGACAGGAUGCUCUGCUGCCUCCAGAGGGAGCUGACGUGACGGCGGGCCUGCUGAUGUCAGCUUAGUCACCGAGUGAGUCUCCUCUUCUUCUGCUGCACCAUCAGUUACUUCAGAGCUGCUGAUGGUUCUUCUCUGUCCUGCUCCUCAGGGCUUCCCCCACAUCUCCAUGUCCUCCAGACCUUCUCAUCUUCUUCAUCAACAGAGGGAACAUUCCCCAGCAGCUGCGCUUGUUUUAGUGGAACUGAUCUGUUAAAGUUCUUUCAAGUUUGAUGGUUCUGCAUGAAGCAGGUUCUCUGCAGGUCCACAGUGGGUUCCCUGCAGGAUUCUCUGCAGGCCCACACUGGGUU